GUUGUUUUUGCUGUUCUCAUUAAACAGAUCCUCCUUCAUCCCUCUUCCUCUUUAUCUUUCUUUGUUUGUUAUGAAGUUCAUUGCAUCGUCAGCACUGUUGGUACUAGCAUCCAUUGUAUUGCCUAGUACUUUGGCACAGUCCAGUGAAUGGCUGUCCAAUGAUGCCGUCAGCUAUGCAGCAAAGAAAACAACUACUCCAGCAAAGAACUCAACCAGCCAUCCUUUGGUCAAGCUCGUAAGCGAAACCCAGUUUUGCUUUUUCUUGCCUCCCGGUCCCAAGCUUGAUGUGGCCACUCAUGAAGACAUCGGUGUCGCACACUGCACAAAGUCAAAUGUUAUUCCUGGUGUCAAGACUUUCCCUACUGGUUUCAUUACCGUUGCUCACUUUCAGCAGACCUCGACAUAUGUUCAGGUCACUGGUUACAUGAACUCCAAGCUCUUUGGACUUAUCCCAACCGAUGAAGGUGGACAGUACGAUAACCACGGUAAUGGAAAGCCUGUUGGUGCCCAGUGCUCUGGUUACAACUACUUUGUCAAUGUUGUUGAGCCUGCCGACAACCGUUACUGCAUUCGCUGUUGCCAAAACAAGGUUGACUGUAACACUGGUCGCUCUGCUUAUGGCUGCAUGCGUGUCGUUCCUGGUGAUUACAGCGGAAACACACAUGUCAACAAUGUCUUGUCCGAAAUUAACCAAACCCCCGAAGGAUCUGGCGAGUCUACAGCUGACUCUAGCGCAGAGGAAGACAGCGAAGUCAAGGAGAUCUUGACCGAGACCAUUCAAUACGCAAAGGACCACCCCGACGUUUCCGAAAUCCAGGCCGAGUGGGAUCGCAUGACCAAGUCUCUGGUCCACUCUUACCCCGAUCUUGAGUCCCAGUUGAACGAUGUCAAAUCCACCACUGACUCUUAUACCACCGUUGAAGAGUGGAACACAUUCUUUACUGCUUUGGAAUCCAAGCUUUCAUCAAGCACAGAGCACAAUGAUGCAGUAGAUGACACCACCACCACCACCACCACGCCCACUGCUGCAGCCAGUGCUGAAAGUGAUUAUGUUACAAACGAGCAGCUGGAACAGGAGAUUUCUGAUAUUAGAGAGGAGUUUAAUGAGCGAAUUGAAGAGCUCCAAAACUAAAAAAAAAAAAACUAAACAAAAGAUAUUGGCCACUGUUAUCGUUAUCAUUUAUCAUUUAUCACUAUCCUUAUUAAUACUAACUAAUAGAAAAUAUUAGCCAGUCAAUUAUUCUAUAAAAACAAUCUAUAUAUCUUUUUUAUAUUAUGUAUUGUUAAUGUAAAUAAAUAAAUAAAUAAAUAAUAUAUAUAUAUAUAUAAUUUACUUGG